UGUAAAAGAGCGAGGGAUUGUACUACUCCAUGUGUUCCCCUCUUUUCUUUUUUUUUCUCAGUAAUCAAAAUCUCAUCAAACUCCGGUUAAUCCACCCCAAAAUAGGCUGGACCCUCAUCUCCUUUUCCGAUUUUCUUCGUCUCUUUCCCCUCUCUCCUGUCUAUCCUUAAUCCUCCCCCUCCACGAGGCCUGUUUUCCUAUCGCCUCUACCGGACGGAUCAUCUGCUUCGCCGCUUCCACCCCCCUGAACCGCUCGUUCGACCACCGAAGAUUCCCUCUCAAACGACCAUGUCUUCGUACUACGAACCGCAGGGUUGGCAGGCUCCUGCCGCGCGCCAGGUCUCCUGGGAGCAGCCCGUGCCGCCGUCUCGGUCAGGCUCGAGCUCGGUCUCCCAGCGUGAGGAUAGCCCGGCCUUUUCGUCCCAAUUUGACGAGGUUGAUCGUGCGAUCGACAAUCUCGUCAAGAGCGGGAAGUUGUGGAAUGCUCCUCGCCGGGACUCGAUGCCCAUGAUGAUGGGUCGUCCCUAUCCCGACUACGGUAUGUGGACACCCUCGCAUGGGCGGAAAUGGCGGCCCCCAGCGACACCACUCGGUGAGCGAGUUCGAAGGCUCCCGAAUCCCCCCUCCGGCAAUGCGCAGGGUUUCUAUGCCUCGCAGCGGUACCAGGGACGCCCGAAUGAAGUAGAACAGAUGAUGCAGGCGAAGCGUCGGAUGGCAGCUCAGCGUGAACGGGAGCUCCGCAACUAUCAUCAGGAGCAGCAGUACAACCGAAGCCUCCUCGCCGAGAUGUCUGCAAACAAAUCCGAUCGAUCCCUCAGCCCGGCUGCCGUGAGCGAAGACAGCCGCCGAGACCUCCUGGCUCGCCAGCACCGGGCCCUGUACGGCAAUGAGAGCCCCGCUUUCUUCCCCCCUGGCCCCCUGCCAGACGACAACUCUCGCCCGGAGAGCCAGACUGCCAGUACUCCCUCGUCAGCCGCUCGUGGAGCGUCCCCACGGGGUGUGGACCCAUUCGGUCUGAACCAGGUCCUCGGUGCUGCCGAUGGCGCACCUGGUCUGCAGUCUAGCUCCCGGGCUAACAGCACCUCUUCGCCCAGCUCGGCUAUCAACGCCAGCUUCACCGAGCAGCCCGUGCCCUCGACCUCAUCGCCCAGCAGCACUGACUUGUCUUCGUCUCGUCAAGCCUCAGCUAAGCCGAGCGCCGGCCCCAUCGGAUCUCGACCUGUAGGACCGCAGAACACUGCUCCCACCUCUAACCCGGCACUAAACAAGCGUUCAACAACCCCAUUGUCCUCCUCUCUAGGCUUCGGUUUCACCCCCGGCGAGGCGGCUGCCAACGCGAACGAGCGUGCUACAUCCGCAGCCCCCAACCCAGCUGUCACGGCUGCUGCCAAUGCCCCCGGUCCUAAGGACUCGACUGCUGGUGGUGUGGGCCUCGGCUGGUCUAACGGCAGUGGCGUCUGGGGCUCGAAGAGCGGGCUCGGCGUCCAGGCCUCAGUGUGGGGUUGAAAAAGGCCAAUAAAACGAAAAACUCAUACCCAUGACUCUAUUUGAUUCCGCAUUGAGGGAUUUUACGGCGGCGCUUUAUAUGUGGUAUGCAUUCGAUUUGGAGGGGUUUCGGCCUCUUUUUGAUAAUUUUCGUGGCGUUGUGUGAGCAAAAUGGCUUCUCUAUUUGCGUGACAUGCUUUUCUGAUCACAACGGUAUAUACAUGACAGCGGGAGCAGGAUCACUUUUUUUUACUUCUGCCCUUCUCGGUCUAGGUUAUUGGUUUUCAUUUACAUUUUCUGUCAAUUUUCGGAUUUGGAUUGUGGCUUGGGCGGGAAGGGUCUGCUACUAUACCACAACUGGGUUCCUGGAGUCAACAUUGGUGUCCACGGACCGGAUCAUUUUGAAAACGAACAAAAAUACCCUUUCCUUGAGAUUAGGUUGGUUUCCGGUGUCUUGAGUCAUUUUGGAUUGUCAGAGAGUGCUUUCUUGUUUUGUUUAUUCAUUUUACCUGGUGCCCGUGUGAAUUGGUCGGAAUAUGGCGCUCGUUUCUUCUGUGAAAGUGUCGAUGGACUCUUUUCAUUUCUCGG